CUUCACUAUGCAACUGAUGGAAAGUCGAUAAACGAGGCGUGAUUUCCUAUUUUUAGUCCGGCGUUUUACAAUAAACCAUUUAUUCUUCGCGUACCAGUAGUUCAACUUCCAACUCAACUAAACAUGUAGGCGAAUGACCGACGCGCGCGGCUCAUUUGGUGCUGUUUUAUUUAUCAACAUGAUUCCUCCUGCCAACAUGAUCCAGGAGGACCCUAUGGGGAAGGAAAACGCACAGGAGGAGCGUGAGCCUCAGUCCCCCACAUCUAUCAGCAAACAGGAGUCAAAGCUGCAGAGGCUAAAGCGUUCACUAUCCUUUAAGACCAAGAGUUUUCGCAGCAAAAGUGCUGAUAACUUUUUCCAGCGGCCAAUUGAGGAUGGGAAGUUUAAGUCAGAACUGCUCUCAGACAUCAGUAGCAGCACCGGCCAUCUGAGCACCAUUGGCGUAUCCGUCUCCAUCCCCGCCAUUUCUCUGCCACCACCUCCGCUGCCCUCCGUAAUCCCAGGCAAUCUGCCUAUCACGAUCUGUUCCCCGUCCCGGGCCCCACGCCAGACGGACCCCAAUGCGCACACCUUUCUGGAGCAUAUCUUUAAGAAACCCCACUUUUGUGACAUCUGCAACCACAUGAUUGUAGGUCCCAAUGCAAAGCUGGGUCUCCGAUGCAAGGCCUGCAAGAUGGGCAUCCACCACAAGUGCCUGGAUGGAGUUGGACAGCAGAAAUGCAUGGGAAAACUGCCCAAAGGUUUUCGAAGAUAUUCCAGUUCCCCUCUGCUAAUUCAGGAACAGUUUGGCUGCAUCAGGGAGGUUAUGCCCAUUGCUUGUGGCAGUAAGGUUGACCCAGUGUAUGAGACAUUAAGGUUUGGAACCUCUCUGGCACAGAAGUCUAAGCGGGCCAGUGGAUCAGAAUCACCACAGAGAAACUCUGUAAGAAACGCAAAUAAAUUAUUCUAAUGAGUUUGUUCUACAGUAUCUAGUGCAGUGUUUUUUUCAAAGUUUACACUUAAAGGUCCAAAUCU